GGUCGUUUUUCAACGCACUAGAUUGAUGAGGGAAGUUGGACUCCGAUAUGUGCAAUGGAUACGACGUUUAUUUCAGCGCGACGGAAGUGAAGAACGCCUAAGAGCGGAUGAGAUAUCCUGUAAAUAAAAGCGUCCGACUUUAUAUUUAACCUUUUCACGAUACCUCAUCUUUGUCUUCACAUUUUGUAUUGCAUCCGUUCACCUUCACUCACUGUCAACCCUCAACUCUCAAUCAACACCAACACCAACACGAACGCCAACAACAACAGCAAACGACCACACUGAAAAUGGCCUCCCAACUGCCCCCCUUCCCACGCUUCGUUUUCACAAAAUUCGAGCCCCUUUCACUACUAUCCGGCUUCCUCCCCGCCAUCCUCUCCCCCGAUUGGUUUACCCACGAACAACUCUCAUCCUCUUCACCUCUGAUCGCUUAUCCCACCGCCAGCCGCACCACCACCCGACAACUAGGCAACAUGUACUUCCUCGCCUUCUUAGUUGGGGUAGGUGUUUUGUACUCCUCUUCCGAGAUCAGGGUAGUCAAAAACUACCUGAUUGCUUUAUGGGUGGCGGAUCUGGGGCACAUGUUGAUCACGGCGGAGGGCUUGGGGUGGGAGGGCACGCUGGAUGUGAGGGGGUGGAAUGCGAUGACUUGGGGAAAUUUGGGGGUUACUAUGUUCUUGUUCUUGACGAGGUCGGCGUACUUGAUGGGGUUGUUUGGGCCGGAUAGGCCGAAAGUUGUGAAGGGGGCGAAGAAGACGGAGUGAGUGCGGGGAAGGAAGUUAAUUCGGCGAGUAAGAGGUGGUAUGGUGAUUAUCUGGAAUGUGGUAUUGUGAUGGGCCCAGCAUCGACAGCAAAGUUCAGAGUAGCAUAUUGUAUGAGUGUUAGCCUGCUAACAGCGGUGACUUUUCGUCUAUUCAACCACAAAGACCACCAGGACA